AUGACACGAAGCUUUGAGAUUCGCGAUUCGGAAACGCUGUUUGAAGCGGCGAAAGCUCUCGAAGAAGCCAUCGAGGGCGAUGAGUCCGACACGAGCGUCGGCGACGAUGCAUCGGAAAUCGUCUUCACAGGCCGUCCGGAGUCGAUCCCCGUGGAGGCGACCCCCGUGCAGUCGAAUCCCGUGCCCCCAGUAGACAAGCCGGUCUUGCCUACGCAUGGUGCCUCGGGUGCAGACGUGCAGAUUUACAUUAUUAGCGUCUGGAGGCACGAUUAUGGUGCUUGUCUGUACGAUGCGCAGUCGGUCGCCAGUAAAUGGCGUCACGGAAGAGGCUCGAUGUUCAGAGAUACCAAGCCGGCCGAUUUCGAGCGUAUAUUCGGCGAGACGGAUGGCAAAGUUCUGUUCAAAUCUAUGACCGAGGAUAAAAAAGAGGAGCAGCGAAAUAAAGACCAACAAGCCCUCGGUGCAUGGAAGAAGGGAGGUGGCCCGCUCAUUUACAAGUGUAAGAAUACCGAACUAGCGACAGACUUGCUCAUCUGA